AUGCCUCCCAAGGGCGUCUCGACUCGCCUCAACCCCGUCCGCCUGCAGACCAUUCCUCAUCUGCGGGUUCGGCGUCCGAAUCAACAUGAGCAGAAUCCCUGCGUGACGAUCAUGUCGUCUAUGCUGAGCUGCUGGGCAUCCUCUGGAGGCUCUGUGGAGGGCUGCGCAGCUUUGGAGCAACAAUUGAGACAGUGCAUGGAUGGACCGAAACCCAAGGGCAACAAGAAGAACACCAUCAACUACCACCUUAUGAGAAUGUAUCCCAAGGUCGUCGGUCCUCAGAAGAAGGAGGGUCGUCUUGGAUAA